CAACAGUUCAGAUAACGUGGGAGGGCACUGCAGCAUUCAGGGGCUGGAGGAGACGGCGCAACCUCUGUUGUAAAAGGUCAGAUUUACUUUUCCCCCUGUGUCUGAUUAAGCUCCACAGCUGGAUUAGUUUCCUUCACAGUCAGGAGGACUUCGCUGCCCAUGCACAGGUCUCUGUGGACUGAUGGAAGCUGUGGGUUACUCGUUAUGCAGGAUCUGGAUGCUUUUCUUGCUGUUCUGUGUGGGACAAGAGAGGCAGAUGGCUCCCCCAGGUUUGGUACAGAGCAGUUGCCGCUCCAGAAUUUUCUGGAUGAAACUGAAUAAACUUUUGCUCCAGGGGAAAUUUUUCCAGCUGGAAAUCAACGAUCCUUAUGCUGGCCCCGUCCUGCUGGAUGACAAACUAGCAUCUCGCUGUGGCUAUGUCCUGUCAGAAGAUGUGUGGGGCAACCCCGUCUUCCGCGCCUCAGUGCUCAGCUGUCAUGUGGCCAAUGAGGCAGAUGAGCUGUUUUCACUGACUGUGAACAUUAAAGUCUCCUCAUUUGCAAGCAUGAGGGCAGCUGUGACCUACACCUACCCUAUGUACUGCUCCUACUCUUCCUGGGCCUCGAGAGAAAUUGUGUGUGAAGAAAACUACAUGGAGGUGUCAGUGAAGACUGAUGUCCCUGCAGUUUCAAAUGACUACACCGUAGCAUGGAUGUCAGCACUGCCAGAGACUCAGAAUGUUGCAUACCAGGUAUGGCAACUGAUGUUUGUUUCUCCAUCAGGGAGAAAGAGAAUACUGGUAAGCGAUGCAGCAAAACUGGGCUACAGCUUCAAUAAUACACUUUCCCGAGUGUACCUCCGUGCUCCCUACCACAGCAAUGAAUCUGAAAUCAGUGUGGUCGGUGGUGUAGACAUGAACAUGAUCACCUCCACUUCUAUGUAUAGGCAGCGGUGGUUACUUUUGCUGAUUGACAUGACAGUCUCCUGUCCUCUAGAUGGUACCAGCUUCACUGAUACUACGCUGACAUGGACUGUGCCAAGUAUUAUCCCCACAUUAGUGCUUCAAGAAUCCACCUUUUUGUCUAAAACCAUUUUAAUGGGAGUCGACGGCCAAUAUAUAGUAAACCCAGACAAGAACAACUACUUACUGGAGCACAACAAGACACAUAUUGGAGUAACUAUCCCCAUUGGAGCAGAAGGAGGAAAACUAAAGAGUUCUGUAUCUGGCGGUGUAUAUGGAAUCAUUUACAGCAUUGACUUGUUCUUGGAGCACACGUGGACAGAUGCAGACUGGCAAACCACUAAGUAUACUGUCAUCAAAUCCAUCACUACACCUUUCAUGCCACAAAUACCAACCGUUAUCAACAAUACUCUGCCAGAGGAAAAGAUAUUUAAUGUUGCAUUUGGACACUUUCUUCCUGAUGUCUCUCUGGUGGCAAUAACAAUAGGAAAUGUGCCAUUUACCCUCAGAGAAGCACAGCAGCAUGGGUAUAAGAUCUAUGAAACUCCUUUUUCUAAUGGAACGAAAGAAUUUAUCUUGGAAGUCUCCUUUGAUGAUCCAUACGUUCUAAAGGAGUAUGUGAACAGAAAUGAAACAAAAUAUACCCUUCUUGUUAACUACACUAUAAGCGUGGGUCCAGAGAUGAUACCCUAUUAUCAUUCUGCAGAGGUGGAAUGUGUGAUUGCAGAUAUUGAAAUACCAGAAGCAGUUGGUUACUGUGAUGAAGAAAACCUCUACCUGAUCAUUCCUGGUUUUGGCCUGCACCAGUACUGGAACCUGUACCUUGGCACCAAGCUUCUGAACAGGCACACUGCACAUACAAAUGGGUACCUGACAGCUACCAAUGCUACUCAUCUGAUCCUGCAAAUACCUCUGUUUGCUGUGGGAGUCAUCUAUGAGGAAGUGUCCUUCCAGAAAAUUAAAGCAAGGUUUGAUGUUGCCCUAAGGAAAGUGAGAACCAUGGAGACCUUGCAGACAUUCUCUGUUAGCUGCAAUUUUAAUUCCCCAGCAUUUAUAUUAUGCUACCCAGAUGGUACUGUAAUUCUAUCAGCCCAAAUGAAGACAGUUCCUGGCAUUGAUAUGAGUAGAACCCAACUAAGGGAUAGCUCAUGCAAGCCUAAAGAGUAUAACAAAGAACAUGCCUUCUUCAAAUUCCAUGUCACCACCUGUGGCACUUCAGUAAGGUUUGAAGGUGAUCACAUUGUUUAUGAAAAUGAAAUCUCUUAUGAGAAAGAGAUUCUUCCAGGACAAAGCCAGUCGACAAUCACAAGAGAUCCAGACUACAGUUUAACAGUCUUGUGCUACUAUCGAGCAAAAGAGACAGUGAUGCUAGGUGCCUUCAUUAGCAAGCCUUCUGCAUCACAUCCCUCUGGCUCUGGUACAAUAGUGCCAAGGUCAAAUUCUGCAGUACACAGAAGGAUAAGACAAGCUCUGAAUGUAGUUUCAAGAGUGUCCAAAAGUGAAUCUUUCGUGGAUUUCUACGAGCCCGAUGUGGCGAUACUCAAGCGACCCACAGAGCCUGUGUUUCUCGAGGUGGAGCUGAAAGAUGAGAGCCCUGAUGCUGAGUUAUACCUGGAUAACUGUUGGGUGGCAGGGUCUCUAGAUUUCAACAGCACCCCAAGGUGGAACAUCACUGUGGAUGGGUGUGAGAUUAAUGGCAGUGAGUAUGUUGCAGAGUUCUGCUCAGUAGCUGCUAGCUCUAGAGUGAGACACCCUUCUCAUUUCAAAAGGCUGGCAGUAAGGACCCUGACACAUCGACUGAAACAGGUGUAUGUGCACUGUUCAGUGGCAGUCUGCUCUGCUGCUAACACACUGCCUGGCAUUCCUUGCAGAGGACAGUGCAGCCCAAGCACAGAGAGGAACGCCUUUCCAGGUCACAAUUCAGCCCACCUCCAUGGUUAUGUACUUGCUGGACCAGUCUGGAUUGUUGAAUCAGACCUAAGAUGAAGCACAUAAACUGAAUUUGCACUCAAAGGCUCUGCUAUGCCGGCUACUCUCUCAACAUGCAUCCAGACACUGAAGCUACCUCUCAGUGAUUACAAAACUAUCUUGCUUGAAGUGAAAAGUUCAGACUGUGGGACUCAGGACAGCUCUACAACACUGGAAAGUGCUAAGGUCUGCCAACAGGAUUAGCAAAUGGUGUAACCUGUUGUCUCUCUGAAGUGACUACAAAAGAAAACUUACCAGAAAGUAACCCCAAGCUUCAAAAUAACACUUCUUGCUUCUUCCAGCUGUUGAAAUAUGGACUUGCAGAUCACGAAAAUGAUUCUUCCAGCUGUUGAAAUAUGGAUUUGCAGAUAACUAAAUUUAUUCCAAUCCUGAUUAUGGCUGCUUCUUGAAGUAACUGCCAAUUCCUCCAUGUGAAUGUAAAGUGAAAAUCUGAAAAGUCAAAUAAAAAUACAUACAAACUAA